AUGUCCCCAACCGGCCAAAAGCGAAAACACACCUUCAUCGUCGAGCACCUCGACCCAGAGCUAGAAGACUGGCAGGCUCUCGAAUACAACUGCAUAUUCUCCGAAAGCCAAGCCGCAGAUUCUUCCUUCCUUCUAUCAGGAUUGACCUCAUCUUUCGACUCGGCGGAGAAAUUGCAGGUCCUUCAGUCAAGCAAGACGCAGCAAACUGUGGAGGCGCUGUAUCCGACUGCCGAGCAGAGACAGAAAGUCUGCUUGUUGGACCCCAAAGCCGAGAAGGAUUUGAGUCCGGAGGAUGGCGAGUUGUUUGAGGCGUUUUUGUUUGGUGGAAUUUUGGGCGACGACCCCCCAAGAGACCGCACAGGCGACUUGCGCAAGCUGGGCUUUCCGGGCCGGAGACUCGGUCCUGAGCAGAUGACGACAGACACCGCGGUACGCACUACCCGAAUUGUAGUCCAGGAAGGCCGAAAGCUCGAGGAGAUUGAGUAUGUCGAUCGACCGGACUUCGACGUACCCUCGCAGCCGAACGGUGAUGGGAAGGCUGGUCCGGCGGAGACGGUUAGCAUGCCUUUCAAGUACGUCAAGGGCGCGGAUGGCAAGCCGAUUCUUCCGAAGGGCAUGUUGGAACUUUUGGUUAGUGAUGCCGACAAGGAUAUUCUGGACUUGCUGUAG